CAGUUUUCUUAAGGAAUGAUGAAAAAUAUCUCUGCAUCACAUUCCUUCGGGCUUUUCGUCACCUCACCCAUCUUUUGUCCCAAUAAUCUUCCUGUUAUCACUCUCUCCUCACAUUCCAGUAGAAGAUCUCCUCUUUCCAUUCAAUGCGCGGUUCAAUUCCGUCCCUGCAUCGAUAUCCACAAGGGAAAAGUGAAACAAAUUGUGGGGUCAACCUUGCAAGACUUGAAAGGGGGUGAUGGGUUGGAUCCUGUGACCAAUUUUGAGUCUGAUAAGUCAGCUGCCGAGUAUGCUACUCUUUACAGACGAGAUGGACUCACGGGUGGCCACGUCAUCAUGCUUGGUGCAGACCCUUUGAGCAAAGUUUCUGCCUUUGAAGCAUUGCAUGCUUAUCCUGGAGGUCUACAAGUUGGAGGGGGGAUAAAUGCUGACAAUUGUUAGAGUUUCAUAGAAGAGGGAGCGAGCCAUGUCAUUGUGACAUCUUAUGUAUUCAAUGAUGGACAAAUGGAUAUUGGAAGGCUGAAAGAUCUUGUUCAAAUUGUUGGCAAAGAGAGGCUUGUGUUGGAUCUCAGUUGUAGAAAAAAGGAUGGUAAAUAUGCAAUUGUCACUGAUAGAUGGCAGAAGUUCAGUAAUGUUUUUGUUGAUCCUGGUGUAAUGGAAUUUCUGGCUAGUUUUGCGGAUGAGUUUCUGGUCCAUGGUGUAGAUGUUGAAGGGAAGAGGUUGGGAAUUGACGAAGAGCUUGUUGCCUUGCUUGACAAACAUUCACCAAUUCCUGUUUCCUAUGCUGGUGGUGUGACUGGAAUGGCUGAUCUAGAGAGGAUAAAAAGUGCCGGAAUGGAGCGUGUGGAUGUAACUGUGGGUAGUGCCUUGGAUAUUUUUGGAGGAAACUUGUCUUAUGAAGAGGUUUUAGCCUGGCAUGUACGGCAAAAGGCCUAUGUAGUUUGA